AUGAAUAUCAACGGUGAUACGUCGCCUCAUGAGCGGCAAUUGAGAGUCACUCAAAGACGAGUCAGAGUCCAAGUUCAGCAUCCCUAUUUUCAAAGCAACGGAAGUCUUUCUCCUACAGAAACAAGUUGUGAAACUAUCGUUUUCCACCCUCUUCAAGAUGCUCAUUUUGGAGCGACCAAAAUAACUUAUCAAGCAACCAAGAGCCUCAUGUCAGAUGUAUCUAUGAUUUUUGAUGAGGCUGUUCUCACUUUGACAUUCUUCCCACUUGGAACAUUCAUCCCAAAAACUUCAGAUGAGAACAUACCUAUUCAGCUCACGCCCGGACCAAUCAUGUCAAGCCCACCUCAAUCCCUCAAGAGUUUACAACUCUCCCCCAAACCUACCAAGUACGAUCCCAUUGUAACUCCCAACUCCGAGUUAAUUACUGGAGCCGUUGAAUACCCAACCCGAAAGUCAAGUCUUGCAAAUUUACCCGCUGACAAAAAACCUACCGCCAUGACUUCCAGAUUGGUUCUCGUGAUUGGUGAUUUACACAUACCAGACCGGGCCAUUGACGUUCCCCAAAAGUUCAAGAAGCUUCUCACACCAGGAAAGAUCGGCCAAACCCUCUGUCUCGGAAACCUCACUGAUCGCCAAACCUACGACUACCUCCGCUCCAUCACCCCCGACCUCAAGAUCGUGAAGGGCCGAUUCGACUCCGAUGCGACCUCCCUCCCUCUUUCCCAAGUCGUCACCCAUGGAUCUCUCCGCAUUGGUUUCGUCGAAGGAUUUACCAUCGUUGCGCCCAACGAAGUAGAUUUGUUGACGGCCGAAGCCAAUAAAUUGGACGUAGAUGUAUUGUGCUGGGGCGGUACACACAAGUUCGAUGCAUUUGAACUUGACAAUAAAUUCUUCAUCAACCCAGGAAGUGCGACUGGCGCGAUGACAACGGGUUGGAUGGAACCUGGAGAGGAAAUCAUUCCAAGCUUUUGCUUGAUGGACGUACAAGGAUUAGGCCUAACCCUCUACGUAUACCAGCUCCGAACCAGCGAGAAGGGCGAGGAGAGCGUCUCAGUUGAGAAGAUAUCCUACACCAAGGUUAUUCCCUCGACUAAAGCCACUGCAUCCACUUCCACAUGA